UCUCAAAUUCACAGACUAUAGUUUCCUCCAUGUUUACUCCUUGCUGAGAUCUCACCGGCUUCGAUCCAUCUCAUCCGUACGGCAUCGUAAUUGGCAUUACCAAUCGGCCAUGGCUCCUCCGGCACAGUCCCAAAGAUCUCCGUCGCCGUCUCAACCCUCCGGGAAAAGCGAAGUCACGGAUUUGAAAACACAACUCCGCCAGCUCGCGGGCAGCCGAGCUUCCGGAGUGGACGAUUCUAAGAGGGAGCUCUUCAAGAAGGUCAUUUCCUACAUGACAAUUGGCAUCGAUGUGUCGUCUCUCUUCGGCGAGAUGGUCAUGUGCUCGGCGACCUCCGAUAUUGUCCUGAAGAAAAUGUGUUACCUCUAUGUGGGAAAUUAUGCCAAGGGUAAUCCUGAUCUUGCUUUAUUGACGAUCAAUUUUCUUCAAAGAGAUUGCAAGGAUGAGGAUCCAAUGAUUAGAGGGCUUGCUUUGAGGAGCUUGUCUUCGUUGCGAGUGGAGAAUCUGGUGGAAUAUUUAGUAGGGCCCUUGGCGUCGGGGUUGAAAGACAAUAAUAGCUAUGUGAGAAUAGUGGCCGUAAUGGGUGUUCUUAAAUUGUUUCAUAUAUCGGCUGCAACUUGUGUUGAUGCAGAUUUUCCAGCAACGCUAAAGCAUUUGAUGCUCCAUGACACUGAUACACAGGUUGUUGCAAAUUGUUUAUCUGCGCUGCAAGAAAUUUGGAACUCAGAAGCAAGCACUUCUGAGGAAGCUUCAAGAGAGAAAGAAGCUUUAAUUAGCAAGCCCGUUAUAUACUACUUUCUAAAUCGGAUCAAGGAAUUUAGUGAAUGGGCACAGUGCCUUGUGCUUGAGUUGGUUGCUAAAUAUGUUCCUGCAGAUAGCAAUGAGAUAUUUGAUAUGAUGAAUCUUCUGGAAGAUAGACUACAGCAUGCAAAUGGUGCUGUUGUCCUUGGAACCAUCAAAGUGUUUCUGCAGUUGACCUUGUCCAUGGCUGAUGUGCAUCAGGAGGUAUAUGAACGUAUUAAAGCUCCUUUGCUUACUUUAGUCAGUUCUGGAAGUCCAGAGCAAUCUUAUGCAGUUCUAAGUCAUCUGCAUCUCUUGGUGCUGCGUGCUCCGUACAUAUUUUCCUCAGAUUACAAACACUUCUAUUGCCAGUACAAUGAACCAUCUUAUGUCAAAAAAUUGAAGCUUGAAAUGUUGACUGCAGUUGCAAAUGAGACCAAUACUUAUGAAAUUGUGACAGAAUUAUGUGAAUAUGCUGCAAAUGUUGAUAUUCCUAUUGCAAGAGAAUCUAUCCGGGCUGUUGGAAAAAUAGCACUUCAGCAGUAUGAUGUGAAUGCUAUUGUUGAUCGGUUGCUUCAGUUUUUGGAGAUGGAAAAGGACUAUGUGACUGCUGAAGCUUUGGUUCUUGUUAAAGAUCUACUGAGGAAAUACCCUCAAUGGAGUCAUGAUUGCAUUGCAGUUGUUGGGAAUAUCAGCAGCAAAAAUGUUCAAGAACCCAAGGCCAAAGCAGCUCUUAUAUGGAUGUUAGGGGAAUAUUCUCAGGACAUGAAUGAUGCUCCUUAUAUUCUAGAGAGUUUAAUUGAGAAUUGGGAUGAUGAGCAUUCUGCUGAGGUUCGUUUGCAUCUCCUCACAGCAGUAAUGAAAUGUUUUUUCAAGAGACCACCUGAGACUCAGAAAGCAUUAGGAGCUGCACUAGCUGCAGGGCUUGCUGAUUUCCACCAGGAUGUUCAUGAUAGAGCCUUGUUCUACUACAGGCUAUUGCAAUAUAAUGUAUCAAUUGCUGAACGUGUUGUGAAUCCUCCAAAGCAAGCUGUUUCUGUCUUUGCUGAUACUCAAAGCAGUGAAAUAAAAGAUCGCAUUUUUGAUGAAUUUAACAGCCUCUCUGUGGUGUACCAGAAGCCGUCUUACAUGUUCACUGAUAAAGAACACCGAGGACUGUUUGAGUUUUCAGAUGAGAUUGGUAAUUUAUCUAUUGGUGCGGAAACUGCAAAUGAUGUUGUACCAUCAAAUAGAGUUGAGGCAAAUGACAAGGAUCUGCUUCUAAGUACUUCAGAGAAAGAAGAAAGUACUGGUGCCAGUAAUAAUGGUUCUGCUUAUAGUGCUCCUGUAUAUGAUUCUUCAUCAGUGUCUGCCGCCGCUUCACAAGCACAAUCAGAACCAUUGAUUUCAAACAUUGCAGUAGCCAGUCAACAGGCUAGCUUUGCUAUUGAUGAUCUGCUAGGUCUUGGUCUACCAGCAGAACCUACACCUGUUUCUGCACCUCCUCCUUUGAAGCUUAAUUCCAGAGCUGUCCUAGAUCCAGCCACUUUUCAGCAAAAAUGGCGCCAACUGCCAAUAUCUGUAUCACAGGAGCAUUCUCUAAACCCUCAAGGAGUUGCAGCAUUGAUAACACCUCAAGCCCUCCUCCGUCACAUGCAAUCCCAUUCCAUUCAAUGCAUUGCAUCAGGUGGUCAAUCUCCCAAUUUCAAGUUUUUCUUCUUUGCUCAAAAAGCAGAAGAUUCAUCUAUCUAUCUUGUCGAGUGUAAAAUCAACACAUCAUCAGCUAAAGCACAGAUAACCAUUAAAGUUGAUGAUCCAAAUACAUCCCAGGAAUUCUCAACUUUGUUCCAAUCAGCCUUAUCCAAGUUUGGUAUUCCAUGAACGCCUACAAGUUCUCACCGGAGUUCCCAGCAGAAAAUAGGUAUUUUUAUUUUUAUUUCUAUUUUCUCCUAGUUGCCUCAGGAAGAAUGAAAAGUGAAAAAAGAAAUAAAAGAGAAAAAAAAAUCUGUUAUUGGUUAGCUGUAGAUGAGUGUAUAAUGAGACUGAAAAUGAGGAAUUUUCGUUUUACCUUUUAUUUUCCUAGUUCUGUAUGAGGAUGCUAGUGUUGCUUAAUUUCUACGCCAAUUUGUCCA